AUGCAACUUGAGGUAUGUUAGAGACAGCAAAUUUUAGUUUUCCCAGCAGAUAAAAGAAGACGUUACUAUCAACUGUAUUUCAAAAGUCCAGCAAUGCUUUUUCACGUCUAGCGGUUCAACUCUGAGCGUCUUCGGCACAUUCGGCGAAAAACAUUUUAGUACUUCUUGUUCAGCAGGAGUAAUAGCCAACAUUGAGUGUAGUGACCCACCUUCGACUCGAAUUGUUUCUCUUUUGGUGACAUUUUCAAGUGGUAAGUUUCUCUCACUUUUCAACCUUCCCUACUAGGACAAUCUGAUUUGAUGGUCUGGACUGGAAGUCAAGUCGUUAGCGUUCAAAAAUUGCCGAUGGAAAACUCGAAGCAAUUUUUACUUUCAGCUUCAUUUUCAGCCUGUGGAAACUACCUUUUCGCUAUUUAUGAUGGUAAAUAACUGCCGUGUUUUAUAUAAGUGUGCGUCAUGUGUUUUAAAUAGUCGAAAACGGGCGGACCUACCAUAGAUGUUCUUGAAAUAUGGACUGUGAUAAAAACAGACAUUCUAGUCAACCUUACUACAAAAUAUUCUCAACCAGAGCUAACUUCUGUUUUCUGUGGUGGAGCGCUGCUCAGUGAUCGACCGGCUCAUGUUUAUACUUCGGGCGGAUAACUUUGAAUUACUUUAAAGUUAUUCUAAUACUGAUUAUUAGUCGGCAUUACCAAGGUAAAGCAUAAUGCCCCACUGCGCACUUCAAGCUCGUUAUAAGCCAGAUGGAAGUUUGAGUUCGCUUACAUUCCAGAGGCAGUUAGAUGUGAACCUUAUCGAAGUAAACGAGAUAGUCGAUGGGACAGACGGUAUGGAGUAUGACAACCUUUUUCAGCAGGUUCACAUGCUAAAUGAUCGAAGACACUCUCAGCAACUGCUCAAGUCGAAGUGAAGCACACGGACUUAAUACACAGUCCUCUUCUUCAAUUCCUAUUUGGCUUAUGCUUUGCUAGUUCACACCGACUUAGCACAUACCACACGUCUGUUUGAAAAGGAAACGAUGACUGCUUGGCUUGUGCACCCGACUUUCAUUUUUAUCUAGUUUUGGACUUUCCAUUGUGUUCCCUUUCCAUUUUACGCUUUCAUGCCUGUGCGCUUUUUAGCCGUUUGUCAAGGUGACACAAAGAGUCCCAGAUCGUGGUCAGAAUGACCACAUAGGGGAUACGAAAUGGCAUAAAGGCAUCCUCCUGUUAUCCAGAAACAUGCCACCGACAGUAGACAAACCUUCAGAAUUCACAGCGUUCGACAUGUCCUUGUCCCAUGAAAAGGAACUUAUACCUCCGGCAAUAGGUCAUGCCUCGGCAGCUUUAGCGGGUGUCUCGUGAAGCCUGACAUAUAUAAAUGGAGGACAGGACUCCAUUCGACAGAUGGCGCAUCAGAGCUAACCAAACGAUGGGCAGUAAUAACGUAACGUGAUAAAGUAUGAACGCGAAUCUACCAAGUAGAGCAUGUGGAUGGAUAAUGUGAGAAGCUGUCCAUUGAUAACAGUAACGUGAAUGGACUCGGGCCAGGAUGGAGGAAUAUCGGGUUGACCAGUCAGCAGGAGUUCCCGGCAAGCAGGUGGAGGAUGUAAUAUCUGAGAGCUCGUAUCUGAGAGAUACUCCACUACCGGUGUCGACUAGUGGCUGCUACAAAGGUUCCAUACCUACGUGUAUCAUCAGAAAAGGGAAAUGGCGGAAUCUUCUAAAUCGAGACGAGUGGGUAAGUGUGUGCGAAGGCACACAAUACAGCCGAGUCAUCGAAUAAACUCAGACUGCCAGUUUGCCCUGCAGUGGCUGUUUGACAACUCCCAUACCUUCAAGGCCGAAACCCCAGGUGCUCCCACACCGUCAGAAAUCUCCACGAAGAACAGACUCUCUCUAACAGACCUAAACUGCAAGGCGUACCUGGAGUGGUCGUCGUGGGUGGAGGGUGGCGUGGAAGCCCGGAACGCAACACUCAGUUCGUUUCGAUCAACAUUAGCAUGCUGCGCUAUGACAUUAUGUCGCAGGAUAUUCUCGACCAGCAUGUUCGUUCGAUUCGGCCGAGGAGCAUGCUAUUGACGAUAGGUCAACCUUCGACAUCCACAUUUGCGAACGUUCUAUGCCCAAGUGUCAGUUCGAGAGCCCAACCAGUCAGAUCCUGCCGACGAAGCAAAGUCGUGGGCAUAAAAUACCGUGAGAGCGUGAAAAGCUGCCGCGCAUGCGUUUACUGUGCAUCAAAGCCAAUGUAAAACACCAGACGGCAUGAUAUUGCCGUUGGACGCUGUGCAAAUACCUCUCAUUGAACAAUGUUUGGUUUUCUGAUGAGUGUUUCGGUGUUUAACUAGGGCUUCAUACACGUACACCUUAACCCAUAAAGGCGAGCGACACUCAAGAUCCUGCUGAUUUCUGGUUGAACCUGAGAUCUUGGCUUAACAACUAAGAACUUUUACUUGAACUUACGUUAAAAAAAACAAGCUAAGAAUGCUGUUUCAAGGGGUUACAGAAAAACUUUAAAAAGGUUACCUAAAAAUCAUUCAUUUUUUUGGGGCUUCUCAUUUACUGUUGAGGAUUUAUGGGGUGGAACACGGAUACAGAAUCACGCUUGCUAUGCCUAAACAUUUCAGCACCUGGAACGACGAAUUUUAGACAAUUCUCAUCAGAAAUAAUUCAGUUCGAUACAUUAAAACAAAUUACGAGCACUCGGAAUUUUUUUAGUUCGCAGGACGCGUACGAGUUGGCGGGUACAUAUACGUGCGCAUGACAGGUCGAUCGUCGAUUCUGGCGACGUCCAUUGUGUGCGCCACUGCAGGGUGGGCUCAGGGACGGGAUAACUUACGUGCGAGUUAGUUGGCUUGCACAGAGUCUACUGCACUCUCGGCCUGGUGUCAAGACGGAGUCAGGAAGAGCGGAAGCGAGACGGGACGCUAAGGCUGACCGAGAUAAAAAGCUCUUCCAAGCGUAGCACGCAACACACGCCUGGUUUGCGCACAAUGGACUGGGUUAUCACACAAGAAAGGGAGGCGGAUCGGAUCCCAAAGUGUGUGUGUGUGUGUGAGAGUGCCAUAAAGGCCACAUUGAAAAGGAGCCAGUUCAGCUUACCUCUCUGAGCUGGGAGGAGGGCCGAGGUAUGCCGUCAGUUGGCGGCCUUCCAGCGCACUGUGAUUGGUUAGAAGCGCGUAAGAUCAUUUAGAGUGAAUAAUCUGCGCGUAGAGUCGACCUCAUUUUCUCUUCUCCCCCUCUCUCCUAGGCACCAGUCUAUUGUCCGAAUCGAUCAGUUGGCUGAUGCCGAGACAGCGCAUAAUGACUGACAGAGCUAAUUUGCCUGUAUACACAUUGUUACACACGACCAGUUUCCGCCCAACACAUCGGGUUUUCACCCAGAAGGGUGGACUAUUCGGAUCCCGCAUGCAUUCGAGUUCCAUACAGGUUACAUUAAGGAGCCAAAAGACACGCUGCCGAUUCCGUGCUUGAGGUGAGUGAUGUGGGGCCGGUGUAUGCGCCAGUGAGGAUAGUUGUGGUGACGUGACUUGACCCUUAAGUUUUUACCUCAGAUGUUCAUGGAUGCGCAUGUGGCCGACCAGGCUCAUGCGGGGACUGAAUAUGCGUCGGCGGUGCGGGCAGUUGAGGCGAGGGUGAUGGGCGUAUGUCGGCGCCUCAGGCACUGAUUAGCCAGUCUUUGUGCCCGUCUACGCAUGUGACACACGCUCACAUACACAUGCAGGAUUAAACGAUUAUCGGAUCACCCCUCGAAACAGCACGAUCAGUAACAACCCCGUCCGUUAAACUGUCAACCACUCUUGCGUUUAGAACACGGCCCAUCGUAAGCGUUGUUUAUAACCAGGAGGUGUCGAAACCACAUUCUCUCCGAAACAGCGCUUAAGGACAUUGCUGGCGGCUGAUCUCGCCAACCAGCAUGAUUCAAUCCCAGGUCAGCUUAUUUCUAGUUUUGUUAACUCGUAUAACCAUUUCCCCACCCCCUCGGCGUAUGCUGCCUGAUGACUAAAAAACCAUUUUUCAAGGCUUUUCAUAAAAACCGGCCAUAACCUGUUUGAUUGUGUCGUGUUCAAAGGAAAUCCUUCUGACUGACCUUGUCUUUUCCUCUAGAUGUUGUGGCACACGAAGUGUUUGUAAAAAUAUACUCACUUCCUAUCGCUACAUGGGAAACGCAACUUGGGGCAUUUGAGACCGACGCUGAUACAUCCGCGCAGGUACGUCUCUGCCGUUUGUUUUAAAUUCAGAGUUUUACCCACCACAUCCGCGAGGCGCUUACAUUGCUUUGAAAAAAUGCCUAUCAUUAUUGCUGAUAGAAGCAAAGAGACGAGCUUAAGAAAGCAGCCCAGAAGAAGGUGGGAUCCCUGAAGCAAGAAGUUUAUUGGCCCGAAGUUUUGAGUCCCCAUUCGAACCAAUCAUCAGAAAGGGUAGCAAAUGAGGACGAUGGAUGCCGAAGGACCAACUGUCCGGAAAGCAAUUUCUGGAGUUAGUUAUCGGAUUUGCGGCAGCUGCGGACAAGCCAACUACCUCGGAGAAGCGGAGAGCUCCCCUUGGACGCGGGCAACCAAACACGCAGCAGGAGUGAGGUGGACGGACGCUAGCUAGCUGGUUACGGCUCAUCUGAGGUAGUGCGACCACACCUCCAAGCUUGAUGAGGCCCAAAAUCUUUCCUUGAGUGACAACCGCAUGAGUCGUGGGCCCCCUGAGACAUGGCUCGCCGACUCUCGGUCGAUUAACAUGCGCAAUGACCUCCCACAUCCAUAUUAUGUGCUGAGACUUUGUCUGAACAAAGCAAGUAGUCAUGUGAGAAGGACACGGUCGACCAGCAUUUCGAGUGGUAACGAGCCAAUUUGCCAAAUGUUUAUCACUUCAAGGAUCAACAACGGGAAUGAAAUUACGAUAAUUUAUGACUUUCCACAAUGAAGCCUGGAGUUGUUGAGUAUAGGAGGCAUGUGGCUGCAUGGCCCCUUGCUCGUAUAAAUACGGCACUCCCUAUGCCUCCAGCAACCGCAUCUACGACUGUUUCUGAAGAUGGGCUCGGGUGGGAAUUCGAGACCUCAGGUCAACAAACUUCUUGUCCCGGCAACUACAUCUUCUUGAGAAAAAGACAACCGCAACUGCUGAUGAUUUUUAGGGCUUAAUGUCUUCUGCAUCGAACUUUUGCUCAUCACAAUAUUGAUAAGAACGGUUAUUUACUGACUCACUUUAUGGUGGUUCUGUAGUUCUCUGGCAAACGAAUUUGAGGCGACUACACACAGUAUGUCUCGCCGUACUUAGAUUAAACAACCUUGACGCUAAAACUUUUUGCUGACAAGGAGUGAAUUCCCGUAUAUUUAGGUCUACAGGUGAUACAUUGCUGUGCUUUUUCGGUUGGAUAUUUAUUCUUUAUUUUCCCAGUCGAGCGAAUUUUAUCAUUAAGAAGGAGAAAAUAAUUUGCUGAUUUAUGAUCACGCCUUUAACAGCGUAAGAAUGUGCUCCUCCUCAAAGGCCUUUACUGACAUUUCUAAUGUGUAGCAGGAAUCGUUGACUACAUGGUUUCCAACCAAGCAUUCAGUCACAGAAUCGCCUGAUGGCCUGAAUUCUUUUGAAUGUGCCUCGCGUCACUCAGGCUUUUGAUCUUGAUAAGUCAUGAAUCAGCCAGCCUGCACGUGGACAGGGUUCGGGGACUUGCAGGGCCCCUGGGAAUUGAUUAUAGUAAAGUUGAGUCAAGUCUGAAUAAAAAUUGACUUCUAACAAAAUAUGAGUCCAUUGAAUUCUAAAGUGUUGGCCUGUCGUAGUGCGUUAGCUGAUAAACUUUUAAAACCACUUUCUAACCUCCGCUAUGCUGCUAUACCGAAGGACUAAGGAUGAUCAAGAGUAGAUAGUUUUCGUUAAAUCAUUGUCCUUGGUGAGUGCAGUCCUGGCUAUUAUGCCUUGUCAUAACUAAACGUGUGCAUUUUCUACGAGGUCCUUUUGUCCGCUAACUAUUUCCCCUCAAACUCGAAGGUACUCAUUGCUAAAUGGAAAUUCUAUCGAAUUUAAAGUCGCCUUUUUCAAAAAACUCCUCAGCUUUUCGUUUUAAAUAAUUUAUGAGAAACCGCGGUCUUACUGAGCAUUAUGACACCUGCAGUAUAUUUCUAUUGUUCUUGAUCUUUUAUUUAAAAUAAUAUUUUUUAUCCUGCCCGCUAGAUUGUAAACAAAUUACAUUUAAUUUCGCCUAGCCAUGGAAAAGGGAGUUGCCCACUUACCUGGACCUAUGGAGGUUAAGAAAGAGAAUGAAACACAUCUUGUCGAAAGUCUGAAAAGACAUGCAUCAGUUGAGGAAGUAAUGGGAAGAUAACUGAUCGGACACUGGGAUGAUUUGUUUAUUUGUCCGAGCUUUCGAAUUAGUGCAGGAGUCUAUUGUCGGCGGUAAACAACAGGACAUGCGACAACUGUAGGGGGUGUUUGCCUAUCAGCGAUCAAUGACACAGGCGUACAGGUGUUUGCGUAGGGCUCUGUAUGCCGGCGUCAAGUCGGUACACCGGUUGAUUAGGUUCUCAUCCGAGGCUCAGGCUUUAAUCAAUUCUCGAAUUAUCUUGCUUCCGACGCGGGCUAUUAUCUUGGUGGAAGCGAGGUCAAACUCGUGAUCCGUUUCGAGGGUGUGAGCAGCCACUAGUGAUAAUUAGUCAUUACAUCGCACAGCGAGCCUGUGCUCGCUUAUGCUCGAUCAGAGCAUGCGCUCAGUCUAACUUGUGUAAUUACAAGGGCAGUUUCGGCACGGGAUACGGUGCAAUAAGUCUGACUGUCUUCUUAAAUUUGCUCGUUAUUUGAUUUCCAUGACCUCGUUGCGCAUGGCAACUUUGGGACGAUAGGCAGUUCCAGUACCUCACCCUGCAGCAAUGCUCUUGCUCGCAGCCACCAAGGUAAUCGCUCAAGCCGGAAACAUGACAAACCGAGAACUACUUAUAGCCUGGACCUCGGGUAAGAGCCCAGUCAACCGAUGUAGGCAACUGGUACCGGCAUACAGAGCCUUGCGCAUCCACCCGCACGCCCGUGGCACCAAUUUUUUGGUUCUUAGGCACUCCCCGUAAGUGUUGCAUGUUCUCUUGCAGUUCUUUUCUUCUCUACUCGAAAAGAUAUCUGGUUUUCGAAAAUUCGUCUCCAGGCAUCACUUGUUUCCAGCAUUUAGAAGUGCUAUGAUCAGCGUGCGACCAGUUCAAUGCACUUCUAAGAAGUAAAAGUUGGUGCAAACACGACCGGAUUUGCAGGUGUUUCAGUUCAGUACUCUGCCCCUAAACCACUGGCUCAGAACGAAAGAGACUAUCUCGCAGGGAAAAAGACAUCAUUUGCCUGGUGUUUCCGAUAUACAUUCGGUCAGAGUGUUGUGCCCAAGGCUUUAAAUACGAUGAUUCAUUUCUGACAAAUAAAACAAAGCGUUGCACACUUCAGGGUUUGGUAUGGCUGGCUGACGACGGCUAAUAAGCCAGAAACGGUCAUUCCAGUCUCCCUUGUUUUUGUCGGUAAUAACAUUCUGUCUACAUCAUGCGCUUCUCAAGAGAAGACUAGUAAGGCACAACGGGCCGAGUGAACUCCGUAAAAACGAUCGGUGAGCGUCCCUCUAUCAAACCCAGUUUGGCUAUUCCGAUUUCAGAUGUUUUGUCAUAAACAUCUGCCACGCAGCUUGAAUCUACUCUGUAACUGAUCGUGACUGCUCUAGCUUAGAGCUUUUCUGCAAACUGGGACAAGCCUAUCCUACUCUGCAAUCAGAUAAGCUCGAUCAGCACCAUUUUCACCUAAUCGUCGAUUUCUGGACAUUUAGUUUAUCCCAUCGAAUAAGCAGAUCAUUAGAGAGCUACUAUAAUCUGGUAAGGUGAUAUUUGCCGGAGAAUGUUUUCCGCCUGAAUAAAAAGGCAACUCUAAACCCGAAAAAUCAAAAUUUUUCGGGAUCCCGGAAGUUUGAGAGGUUAUACUUUCUUGGCUGACCUACCGUCGUCUAACCUUUUUAAACACUCCAUUUUUUUAUUUAGGGCGAACCGCUAAACAACCCUCAACUGGCGAACGUGACCUCCAGGCUGCAAUUGAAAUGGCCGUCAGGAGUAGCGGGUACCUGUUCCGUCUAGUUCUGUUUAGUAUCUGCUCCAAGUGGCUGUUUUUCAAACAUUUACAUGGUUCACUGAGGGAAUAUACAGAUUCCAGAUGAUCGAUUACAUAAAUAAGUUCUCGUUGAAGUAAAAAAUCGCUGCAACACAGAACUUUGUCUAAAAAUUAAAUAUGCUUCUAGGAACAUUUGAUGUUUGUGAAUACCAAACAUCGAAUUGGCGGCCAAAUAAUGCAAUGAAAUACUGGGUGUCAGUGUUUUAUUUAACGCCAACACCGUUACUAAUUUUUAUGCCGUUUUUAUUAUUCCUCGAGUACCUGCAGUAAAACCUGAAUGCCUUUUCUUUAUAAAAGAACAAAAUGUUAGUUUUUAGGAAUACUUACAGAGUUUUUUCAAAGUAGCUAGUUUGUGCGUGAAGCGGGGACCUUAAUAUUUAUGGCUUUUAAUUUUUGACCAUCUAACUACGUUCACAAAGGACUGAAAACGCCCCCAGGUGCAUUCAAACAAGGUCUAGGCAUCCAUAUAUCCGUAGAUAAUUAUUUAGAUUUUUUCAGAGCUUUAAAGCCAUGUACAACUUCUGUUCUGAUGUCCGCAAUAGUGCAUGCAUGUGUAAACCUUCGAACUCGAGAAGAGUUUGCAAACUUAAAAGGCUGAGGCAAUGAAUUACUAUAUAUUCUGACGGCAAUAUCGCCACAUGAUGAAGGUCGGGCGACAAAAAGAUAAUAUUUUAUCUGGUGUUACCUUUACUUGGUUAUUACUUUCGGUGCUCGACCAACUCCAAGUAUUGUUUAAUUAAACAGAACGUUAUGCGGAAUCAAACAGACAGGGGCUUUUUGCCACAAACGAUUUCUUAACAUUGUCCGGGUUUCGGCCGACUGAGAGAAUUUUUGCCGGUCCUGAAAAAGCUUCUUGGACUUCGGUCUUACUGCUGACAGUGCGAUGUGCAGGAGCAAAAAGGCUUAUACACAAUAAACCGACGACGUCUACCAUGUGCUCCACAGCGAGAUGAUAACAGGCACGGUGACUUGUGCGUGAAUUAGUUUAUAGUGAUAGUAGACUUGCGCCGCAUCUACCGCACUCUUUCCUCCCCCCCACCUGGUCCCGGCGUCAAGACAUAGUCAAGAAGACCGAAGACGGGAGGGGAUGCAGGUGGAUGGCAUGACCGGACCCGCGCCUAGGAGUGCCAACACACCGCCUGGUGCACAACAAGCACUUGACCGACAUUUUGACCAACGACAAAAUAGGCGGGUCAGAAAGGGCAGGAUGAAGGGGCAACCAUGCACGCGGCUCGUAUACUCAGCGGGAGCGCAAGCACAUCUACCGGUAGGGAGCCAGAGAACUGCCAGCAUUCACCAGGCUGCGAGGGUCACGGUUUGUUGAUUAUGGCCUGGCAGACGUUUACAUUUCUUGAGACCUAGAAGGGUGACAAACAGCCCUGCACUUAGCCUGUGCCAUAACCCCUCAAAGACCGGGUAACUAGUCAGUCAUCGACUGAGAGACACUACCCCCAUGACAGUUCGACCGUCGAUUUCGACGAUAUCCACCGUGCGCUACACAGCAAGGUACAGCAGGCACGGUGACUUGCGCGUGAAUUAGUUUAUAGUGAUAGUAGACUUGGGCAGUAUCUACCACUUGGACUCGCUUUCAAGACAGAGCCAAGAAGACCGGAGACGGCGAAGGGCGCAGGUGGAUGGCACGGUCGAGCCCGCAGUUUGAUGCCCCACUCCACACCCUCCGGUCCACACUACAGUUGGCCAGGAUUUUAACCAACAACAACAACAGCACAACAACGGGUCAGAAGGAUGACGAGGAUGACUGGGCAGUGAUGCUCACGACUUGUAUACCCAGCGGAAGCGAAAACGCAUCUACCGACAGCAGAACCAGGUGCCAGAAAACUGCCAGCGCACACCAGGCUGUGAGAGUGAUGGUUUACUGGAUCAUGGCAUAAUACGCACUCGCAAUCCUUCAGGCCCAUACAUGCACCGGUAGCGUGUUCGCGUCACUAAAGGAUCGCAGACCCCACAUCUAAUACAGAUCUGAAAAUAUUACACAUAAGAGCAAUAGAAGACAUGCAGUAGGAAGAAGACACGGAAUUUUGCAAUGGAUGCGGACUAUGUUGCAUGCUCUACGGGGAACAUUAACAAACGGACCGGUACGAUGCUGUAUGACAGUUCGAACGUCGCAUUUGGCGAUAUGCACCGUGUGAUCUACAGCAAGGUGAAGCAGGGACGGCGAUCUACGCGUGAACUAGCUUAUACUGAUAGCAGAUUUGCACAGCAUCUCUCCUCCUCCUCCUCCUCCUCCUCCUCCUCCACAUGUGCCCGGUGGCAAGACACAGUCAAGAAGACCGAAGGUGGGGGAGGACGCAGGUGAGUGACAUGUUCGAGCCCACAACCUGGCACUCCACUCCACAUCCCCUGGUCCACACAACAGAUGACCAGGAUUUCGAUCAACAACAACAAUGGGGGGGGGCGGCGGCAGGGGUCCCAAUGUGCGCGACGUCUGCUAGCAACCGGGUCUGCCAACGCACCCCCGAAAUGUUGGCGUUUGUUGUGGGGCGCAAUCCCAUGACGCCUGAGAGAAUCCAAUAUCGCUCCCGUGUUGGUCCAGCGCAUACAGCACGUGGCCUGCUUGGGGGCGGGGGACACGUAGGAGAGAUGUCAGCAACAUCCGACAUUCCCAGCCGGUCACCCGUGCAGGUACUAACCGGGCCCAACGCAGCUUAUCUUUGGUGGUCGGAAGAGAAUCGAUACUUUCUACGUGGUAUGGCAGCCAUAUACACUAUCCAUACACGCACACACACUUCUCACAUGCGGGAAAGUGCCAGAGGUCGCUUUAAGCAUCGUGACAGCCUGGCUAUUAGUCCACCAGUCCGCCACUCCACACAAACACACAUAACUGGGCAGACUGCGUGGACCGAGUUGAGGCGUCAGUCGGCAGUCUCCCAAGCCACGGCGUUUGGCGCAACGUAAUAGUUUCAGACUCUGAUCACACAUACAACAGCAGAGCCGCAUGGAGAAGGAGUCGAGAAGCACACUUUCGACUUGCGUGGGAGCUGACUAUUGAAUGCUUGCAAUGGACGAUUUUGUUGCGUGGUGAGGGUGCUGGUGGGGGAAAGUGUGAUGGUGGUUGUCUACCGUAGGUGUUCACAAAUGCGCAUGUGACCUAAUAGGCACAUGCGGGGGCAGUGGGGCAGUUGAGACAGAUGCGGCAAAUGUAGGUUGGUGCUCCAGACAGCGGUUCGCCAGUCUGUGUGCGAGGGGGUCGCAAGUGACCGAUCAAGCCGAUGGGUGAGCUGAAUAUACGGGGGUAGUGUGGGCGGGAUAGGUCGAAAGUGUCCAGGUCGGUUUCGUUAGUGAUAGUGAUGUUGGGGCUGCUGGUGGUGGAUGCGCUGUGCGCUGGGGUGGGGGCUGAGUUAGGCAUGAUGCCCUUGAAAAUUCAAUUAUAUUUCAUGGAAAACAUGCAUAAAAAUAUUCAUUCUUUUACUUAUUCGGUAGAAAAUCACGUCUUCUUCCAAUUUCAUACUCAAAAGAAGAGUAUAAUUCGGUUUUGAAAAAGUUUCUAAUUGUGAGUUUUUUUAAUACCGUUAAAUGGUUGUUCAUGAAACGUCAUGUAUCUGCAUUUACGAAUGCGGCUUGUAAAGUUAACAAUAUUGCUCAAAUCCACUGCUUACUUUUAUGAACCUCAUAUGGUCUCCUCUUAACACCGUAGAGAAAUGCAUGGUUUUCCGUACACGGAAAAUAUACAACUUGUAGUUUUGAAGCCCUGAAUGCAAGUGUAACAGCAGGUCGGGUUCAAAAUUAUUCGGUAAUUAGAAAAGUUUUUUAAAACGAAAUUAUGCUCUUCUUUUGACGUGAUUUUCUACCGAAUAAGUAAAAGGAUGAAUAUUAUGUGAAUGUUUUCCAUGAAAUAUGAUGGAAUUUUUUGGAGCAUCGAAAAUCAAUGAGAAAAUUGCAUGCUUCGUAAGUAGUCAUUUUUGCAGAGUAUAGUUCUUGCGUGCAGCCGAAAAGAAGUCCGUUCGAAAGCCGGCGCCCUGAGGUGACUGAAUUAUUAUAGAAUUACGCUGCAUGAUGAUUAGUUUUACAAUCCUUCUUAAUUAAUCUCUUCGAAACAAGAUCGCAUUUCGGAAUUUCGACUGACAUUUCAUGAUUUAGCCCACCUGCUGUAACUGUAUUGGCCAGAUGAUGAGCUGCGAAGACAAAUGUUUUCAUAUAAAUAAUGGUCAGCUUGUUAGAAGGUAAGCUUGCCUUUUAAUAACUAUAGAUGUAUGUUAAAUGUUUGUGCGCCUGGAGAUAUCACAAAUAUCACCCUUUUUCAAAUCGGAGCAGGAAGUGCGGCCAAGAACCUGUCGGCUGCCCUAAAAUUAGCGGAGAACUACUUCACCACGGUGGCUCCCCGCAGCCUUCUCUCGCCCGAUCUGAAUGCCCACACGCUCUCCGCGGAGCACCUCGAGGCGAUCCGACUAAAAUUCGCCCAAAGCCUGUGUCUUCGCACCCAGCGUUCAAACGGCCUGGAAGUUACCGAUGAGGUCUGUUCAGCUGACGAUACCGACGAUGGCGGCCGUGGCGGAACCGCUCACAGAACCGACGUUGGCACAGCAAACUCCUGUUCGACGACAACGGACGCGGAGCAGGUGGCAUCGCUAAAAGUUCCCCAUCGGCGGCAUGGGCGGGAGUUCUCAACACUUUCAUCAAGAUCGCAAACGCAGACACAGAUCAUGGAAGACGCCAGUGACACUGAUGUAAAGACUCAUCUUGAUCGCCUAGCCGAUAGCCAGGCACAGGCAACUGCAUUACUGGUUCAGUUUAACAAUGGCCAGAGGCGACGGUGCGUGCGAUUUCUGCCUUUUCUCAUAUAACACCUGUACGACCUCUGACACAUGCACAAACUGAACUUUUGAUAAUUAGUCAGCUUCAAAACGGUUUGGCGCCAAGAAACUGAAGUCCUUUGGAUCAUUUCCGGGAUUAUAUAUGAGCGGCGUAGUCGGUGUUUCACACUUUACCUCAGGAUGUCUGAAAUUCACCAAAAUCAGACUGUUUACAUAGAUAGAGCUGCUUAUAGCGGGUUCUGGCAACAGUUGUUUAUGUCGAUUUCUUCAUUUUGUUGUGAUUAUUAGGAUUUUCAACGACAGCAAGGAAGACUGGCAUAGCCAUUUCUGUCUUAUUAGCCACCAUCAGUCAGCCCUAUCACAUUGCACGUUGGCAGCACCUGGGAAUCGACCCCUUUGUAUUCCCGAUCGACAUUUCGACCGUUGUUGCCGACGAUGUCCACCGUGCGCUCUACUGCAGAAGGUGAAGCAUGCACGGUGAAUUUCGCGUGAUUUGAUUUAUAGUGAAUGUAGGCUUGUCCUGCACCUACUGCACUCUCCCCUCCCCCCACCUGGGCCAGGUGUCAAGACAUAGUCAAGAAGACCGGAGGCGGAGGAUGGUGGAGCAGGCGGAUGGGACGGUCGAACCCGCAACUUGGCGUUACACUCCACAACCCCUGUUCCACACAGUCGAGCCCGACGCAGUCUCAGUUAGGCGUGCCGUCACACCUGGCCCGGAUCCCACGGAGUGGGAGUGCCAUAAGGGCCAAGUUAAGAAGGGGCAAUUGCAGCCUGACUCUUAGAGCCGGCCACUCCACGCAAACACACAACACUGAGCCGACCGCGAGGUCCAAGUUAUCUCGUCAAUUGGCAAUCUUCCAUGCCACGGCCUUUAGCGCACUUGUGAUGACUUUAAGCGUGUCAGGUUGUUCAUAGUGAGGAAUAUGCGCUGAGUCGCCAACCUCACUCUUCCUUCCCAUUCCCAGGCCUCAGUCACUGUCCGAGCCGGUCAGUUGACAGGUGCGGGGAAUGGAUGAGUAUUCUCUAUCACAAGCGUCAGCACAACGGGCCUAUGAUUCGAUAGUAAGACGUUGUACUCCAUGACCCCAAAGUUAUGGCAUCCACUCCUAAUGGCCCUGCAAAUGAAUCGCUAUGUUGCAAACUCAGCCUUGUUAGUUUGUCCACUCGGAUGGUUUAUCAUUCUGUAUGACCAGUCCUCAAAGUGUUCUAUUUAACGAAUUUGUUAACUGCAUCAUCUCUAGAUCUGCGCAAAGGCGCCUAAGUUUUCUUACUUUCCCCCAGCCAAAUGCGCACCUCGUGGUUGGCAACUUCUCAACUGCUCGCGGUAGUAAAAUAUCUGGGGAUUUUAUAACCAUACGACAGUGAACAUAUUCAUGACGUUCCCUUAGUGUUUGCCUUAUUAUGCACUGAAGUGUGUAGUCUUCCGGUAACUAUUUAGAAACGAUUUAGCGGGUACCUUGACAACCAAGUGGAAUAAGUUUAAAUUUAAUUGUGCAUCCCCCUUUGUUCCUCUUUACGGAGAAAAUCCACAGAUGGUCUAGUUGCCACAAGCUGACUCAGUCGAAACACUGUUUAUUAGGGCAACUGCCCCUCCUCCGGUCAGAUCUAGAUCUCUCAUUAUUUUAACCAUUUUAAACGUCGAAAGGAGCUUGUGAGCGGUUCCUUACCAUCGAAGGUCACAGUACUGCUUCUAGUAACUAAGCCAAGCGGACGCCGGCGUGUAAAUUGAAACUUACGAGACGACUAGGACGCCUAAAACGGGCUGCACUGUUGCGUUAAAUUUGAAUAGGAGUCCCAUAAGGCCCUCGGCACGCGUAAGACGGUGCGCGCUGGUGCUUUACACUGAAGUUUCAUCAAACCAGCGGUGUGUGGCAUGCGUUGGACGUGGGCUUUAAGUUCAGUGCUUCCGACUACCACGACGUACAGAAAGUGAUAGUUUGCAACACUGCCAGCUGACGAGGUAACUCUGACCCUUUCCGGACCGUCGAGGCAAUAUCCCCCUUACGUCGAACUUUAUGGCAACUCUUCCUAAUGAGAGACCCGACUUCUGGUAUCUGGUUCACGAGCAUGCCGACAUCAGCAUGCUCGUGUUCAUUGCCGGCGUGCGCCAACCAUAUCUUCCCAGUUGUCUUGACUUCGAGCUGUCGCUUAGUUUGUGAGGACAGUACGAGGUAUAGGUGCUGGGUCAGGCCACUAACUAUAAAUAUAUUAGUUCAAAAGUCGACAUUACGCCCCUCCGGGACCACUGGCAGUCCUCGUUGCCUACCGUGAGGCAACUAGACGCCACUCGACGGGAAAAUGAUAUUCCUAGGGGUUCUUAAAAUGAAGAUGUCGACGCCUGGACGAUUGGUGGAGUAUUCUGUCCCCUGUAUAGUUAAGCAAAUGCGUCUGAAGAUGUGUUGACCGCUAUUUCAUCACUAACGCAGUCCAAAAGUGUUGUUGAAGCAGUGAAAUAUUUGUAGACCAAGUACUAAUAAACGCAUAACAGUCUUGCAUGAUCGCAUUUGCCCUACUUGUAGUCAUAAAGUAAUAGGAAAACAGACCCGUAGCUCAUUUGCAAAGCACUAGACGUACGCGUUCAGUGACCAAUGAUUCUGGUUUCUGAUCGUAAACUAUCCAAACCUGCGGUCGGGCGUGACUGGCUGAGGACGUCUAAUAGGUCAGAAAUGACCACUCCGGACUCAUUCUUUCAUGUUAGUGAUGCAUUUCUGCGUAGAUUCCUGGCCGCUAUGCGAUUACCUACAUUAAGCCCCAAGGCAUACAUCGGGACGAUCAGGUCUCGUAACCCGAUGGGUGUGAGUUUUUACUACGACAAUUAGGAAAAUAUGCUUGGGAUUUUCGGCAAUUAGCAAUUACUGAUCAUCUCUGCAACUACACAGGGGCAAACAUUUUAAAGUCUCUUUAUGUUGGGCGUUAAAAUGAGCUAAUGUCUUCCCAACAAAGUAUUUUUGGAAUAUGCUAGUCUUCGUUGACAUUAGCUAUUUCAUUCAAAUGUUCGGGUCAACAACUUCGAACACCUGAGGACUAAUUUUGAGUGUUCCCAUCGAAAAGCAAGUUGGAGAAAUUCCGGCUUUUCCGAAAGCCUUAGACACCUAUUCAGUCAGGGACCAUAUGUGUGGUUUUCUGACAUUCAGGCGUUGAACAAUACGAACGCAGUAUUCAAAUCGCCGGUGUAUCUCAUCCUGUUUUGCUAAAAGUGGUCUCCGAGUUGUGAAGAAAUAAUAAUUGUGUUUAAAUACAAAUACGUGUUUUGCCGCUGUACCGGCAGUUCCAUUAUGCAUUCUCCUCUUGAACUAUUUUACUGUGUAAUUGGAACAAGAUAUCAGUAGGAGAUUUGGAAACGUUUAGGUCAGAAUCGUAGCCCUCACCUCUCGAGGAGAAGAUGGAGUAGGGAAAGAUGGAAACGUGCCAGGAACAAGUCACUAACUGUAUUUAGCAGAAAUCUCCGAGUUGGCAUGUGAAUCGCCAUUAUAGCUUCGUGGAAUAUAUCUGAGCAAACUAAAAGAUUCAAACGGAAGUUUAACCAUCCCGAUUUUAGGAUCACACAUACGAUAUGUUUUGUUUCAUAUUUUUCUCCCAGCUUGAACUGGCAUGGCUUUUGAUUAUUUCAUAGCUCAGAACCCUAACUCUCGGAGAUUAAUUAAUUACUUCAGUGUUUAGGAUAAGGAGAGAACUGUUUUGCUGAUCUAGCUUGCCGACUAUUCUCGAAUCUUUGCCUAUAAGGAGUGGUGCAUUCGUCCCAGUUUCCAGGAAUGCUACACAUCUGUUCAGAUCAGCAAUUGUACCUUAGGACUCCGGGUGCAGCGUAUUGUGUUCCCAUCAUACCACCCUUUGAGCAGUUUAUUAUGGCUGUCCAGUUUGAUAUUCGCAUCUUAUAGUGGGACGGAAGAUUAUAUUUUUGACCUCUUAAUUAAAAAGCAGCCUCUCUUGGGGUCUACGACGAUAUCACAUUCGGUAGCCAACAGUAUGUACUAGCUGGCACGGACAGUUGCGUGGUUCUUCAAAUGUAGAGAUCUCUAAACUUUUGUUUGUAGUCGUUCUCUUUCAAUUGGGAGUCGAUUUCAUUCACUGAACCCACCAUACAUUUAGAAAUUCAUCGGCGAACAUCGAUUAAAAUUUUAGAGACAAGCCUUUUUAGAUUCAUGGUAAACACUCAUGGAAAGAUGCUGGCUGUCUACCAAGACCUUCAGUUAACUAACUGCGUAAUACUUACCACUGCCAAGCUCCGGAAGUUUGUUGCAUAAUUUCUUACAACUUCACCUAGUAUCUGCAGAACAAAGGCGGACUGAACGUUUGCUAGUACUUGCAUUGAAAUCAUGUUUAUUUAACCCUCAGAAAGCCUAUCUCAUAAUACAGAAAUGUUCGACAAAAUACACUCCUUUUGUGAUAUAUGAGAUCACUGGUAAUCAGGUAGUGCAAAUAUUUAGGGAAUGUCCGUGCAUUUUUUCACUGGUUAACCCCUAUUACUUGCGCGCUAGGGACACAUUUAAAUUUCUUGGAUAAGCCUUCGCCGGACACGUGAAGUAGUAAGCUUGUCAGUAUCCAACUUUUAUGACGGAAAAUUAUGCAUAAUUUUCAGGCAUCCAUUCGGUUGUAUGUAGUACUACAUAACUGCUAAUUCCAAAUCAUUUUCACACCAAAUCUGGCCGUAUUUCGCUGUGAACUUUCCCGGCAACCCAUGCAUACCGGGUUCUCGCUUCUUGUUUGUAUCUUAUCCCUUGCUCAUCUGACUCGUACCUUUCUGCUCCUAGUUUAGACCCGAACGCCUUUCUAGUUUUGGCCGUCGAAUGCAACAAAACUCCCUUAGCUUGUCACUAAAACCCGAAGUGGUCUGAGCGGACGGUCAUCACUCGAGUGGAACCCUGAAUUAAUGACAAGUCAGACGCACGUACCACCGAUUAUCAUGAAACUGACAUGUCCUGCUAGGAUUUUAUUUGUUUCUGACACUUUUCUGUACGUUACAGAAAAUUAUUCGUCACUGUAACUUAUUCAGUAUGGGCCUCCUCUUCCGGGCUAUAGUGAAUAUAUUUUGUUUAAGUGACCAAGAUCCCUUCCAGGUUGGACAAAUGAGUAGUUUUCCAGUCAUUCGAUAAUUCCAAAUGACAAUUGACAAUCUUUGUUGGUUUGUCUUGCGCCCGACAGAAUUCCGACGCUCUGCUUUUCCUCUCCCGUCCCCUCCUACUCAACGACGGUGAAUACCCCAUGUACGUUUCCCUACACGUUCGGCAUUCAGCUUUGGUGCAAGUGGCUAACUGUUUUCUCUAUCCCCACAAACGUGCAUUAAACUAAGAUUCUCUUUGUAAAGAUCCUGCGGAUUGCCGCAAGUUUUAAAAUUGAGUACUUUGCAUAUGUAGGGUAAACUAUGAAGAAAAAAUUGUUGAUUUACCCUCUGAAUAUGGUCACUGUCGCUAGUAACCUAAAAAGGUGAAUGUCCUAAUCAUAUGUAGAGGGACUCCGCACAUUUACAUGACAGUGGAAUUGGGACGAGCAAGCGGCUACUGUGGUUUUAAUGGUGGCAGUUUUGGGGCUAUCGCCUUGGACUUGACUGCAGAAGGUUGUCGGACUUCCGUGUUCAGAGCCUCAGCUGAGUAGAGCCACCGCAGUUAAAGGACAUUGAGGCUCGGCUGAGACACAUUCUACGUAGAACCCGUCGGUACCAAAGCUACUACAGGUCUCAUCGCGACUCACCGUGCUACUUCUUCUUUCAGAACCGGAAAGAGACUGGAGUGUUGUAAGCCUGACGGCCUGCAAAGGUCGCCGAUCAGUACCGCGUCAGCAACUGUUUUGCAAGAAUGCUAAAACUACAGUAGGUGGGCUGACUCAUGAAAUGUCAACCGAAAUUCCGAAAUGCGUUUUCGUUUCGAAAAGAUUAAUUAAGUAGGGUCGUAAAACUAAUCAGCCUGCAGUAUAAUUAUAUAAUAAUUCAGUAACCUCAGGAUGAUGGCUUUUGAAUGAACUACUUUACGACUGCAUACAAAAAGUACACUCUGUAAAAAAUGUCUUCAUAAGUAGCUACAUUUUUCUCAUUGAUUUUCGAUGCUCCUAAAAUUCCAUGGAAAACAUGAAUAAAAAUAUUGAUUCUCCCGCUCAUUCGGUGGAAAAUUGCAUCUUCUUCCAAUUUUAUACUCCAAGGAAGGAUAUUAUUCGGUUUUAUAAAACUUUUCCCAUUCGCGAAUAAUUUUGGACCCGCUCUGCCGUUAAACUUGCAUUCAGGGUUUCCAGACUACAAGCCAUGUAUUUUCCGCGUACGGAAAACCACACACUUCUCUACGGUAUUGAGAGGAGACCAUAUGGGGUUCCUAAAAUUUUGCAUUGGAUUUGAUUCAUACUGUUAACUUUACAAGCCACAUUGGUAGAUGCAGAGACAUGACGUUUUGUGAACGGCCAUUUCACGGUAUUUAAAAGUCUCAAAAUUAGCAACUUUUUAAUACCGAAUUAAGAAAAAGCCCUGAUUUGUAGGGAAAAUUCCACAGGAGAUUGCUUACAUAAUUGCCUGAGAGGGCAAGCAGCUGUUUGCGGGUCGAGGAACAGUUAACAUAAAUGCCUACUUGAUUACUGCAAGUAGUAAAAUCGCGUGUAAGUUCGAUAAGCGGCAACGUGGGUUUGCGCGCGACCGUCAAGUGAGCGGAGUAAAGGUUCGCUGUAGGUUUGCAUACCCCCAACUUAUUAUCCAAGGUCGUCCCUUGAGACCGCGGAAGUCUUGGUGUCCUAUAGCUGGCUUGCACCAUCAGCCUGUCACACACACAUCCGAUUCAGACAGGAAAUAAGUAGAACUGCAUUGAAACAAAUGCAACUCAAUGGUAGAAAGGAAAGUCGCCCAAGAAAAAGACAACUUUUACUCGACCCUUGCACAAAGUAAUAAAGGCCUUUUUAAUAGGCUUCUCGCGAAAAUUGACUAAGUAUCCGAGUAUAUUCUUAUAUUCUGCUUCAGCCGACUCUACAUUUCUGGCCGUUUAUUGGUCUCCUGAUAGUCACCUCUUCCUAUAUGAACUUCGAAAAGAUUCUCAAGGUACGUGUGCAGACCUUUGAUUUCAAAACACAGUAUCACGCCUGGUUUUUAACGGCGCCAUGUGCACUCACUCCUUUGAAAUCACCCCUGUGGACAAAUUUCUCUCACCACCGCCUUUAAAAUCCUCCUUGCAGAUAAACUUGUGUCGACAUUCAACUACUCAGCGCACAUCUCGACGUUUAGUUUCGUAACCUUGCCCACGCGUUAUGGGCUGAUGGACAACGGUUGGGAUCAAAAACGUCCCCGUGAGCAACUCCUGGCCCUGGUUGGCCUGAACUCUGGAAUUGUGGAUGUCUUCGAAGUACUUACUGGUAUGAAACCUUACUUAUAUUUUGUCUUGUCGGGUGGCCUUCGGACUAUUUAUUACCGGCAAAUAAGCGACCGCUUGCAGGGGGUGCCAACCGGACUCCUAGGUCAGAUGAGUGAGGACGAAGUACGCGGGAAUUCGAGUAGUCUCCAUUGUAUCUAAGGGGUCGUGAUUACGUGGUGUUUAACCGACCGCACAUUGACGAAUGGCCAGUCAAUAAGGACAUACAAGCUUUAAAUAACACGCUAAUUAGCCUCGUUUUAGUCAACAAUAUUUCACAAUUACCCAUAAAACUACCUGGGUCAUGGCGCAAACAAUGUUUCUGCAUCCCCCACUUAAAGGCUGGUAGUAUCUAUCCAAUAGUGUAAAACACUGACUAAAAUCAAUAAGUCGCUAAAGUAUCUCACGUAGAUCGCUUGGGGUGGAAGAAAUCAUAAAACUAUUAUACAUUCGUGAUUGACUUUUAUUCUAGAUUUUGUCGAUUCAGUAUUCUGUGGUUAUUCUAUUUGAUAUACUUUCUUGAUUGACUGGAGGCUGUAAUGACUGAAUAACAACUGGACGAGAUCCUAUUUCGCAGCCGGACCUGUUAGGGGUUAGUGGUUAAGGUUAGGAGUUAGGAGUCGGGGUUUGGGAUUAGGGUUAGCGGUUAGAGGUUGGGGUUUAGAGGUAAGGCUGGAACUUGUCUACUGCGGGUGUGGCUACUACAUAAGAACCGACCAAGAACUGUGACAAGACACCGAUGGUCAGGCUUCCGGAGAUUUUAUAAAUCAUGAAUGGGCGCACACCGAUCUACUGGCUUCCCGAAGCAAACAAGAUCUGUAUGGGUGGCGAAGGCCACGAACAGGCAACCAACUACCAGGCCGAAGUCGGCCAAGUUAUAAUAUCAGAGAGGAGGGACGACAGAGAAUACGAUUACUAGUCCAUAACUCUGAGCACCAGCUAGGGCCAGAAACACAAACAUGAGCGCUUUCACAGCGUAGAUGGUCCACAGACUGGGUCUUACAGUUGGAUCGCUAUCACCUCCUCAAACAGAAGUUUAUCAGUGCCUCGCCACCUGUCGUUCUGUCAAUGCUAUUAUAAUUUGUUCAACUUCGGCCUGGUAUGUGGUUGCCGUACGGAGCUUGUUUGCUUCGGCAAGCCAACAGAUCGGUGUGCGUCCAUUCCUGAGUGGAUAAAUACCCGAUCUGCAGCGACAGAGGAUGACAUAUGGCGAGGCAGUGAUGAACUUCGGUUCCAUGAAGUGCUUAUGACCUAUCUGCUUGACCUGUUCGUGGUCAAUCUGCACCGUGUACGUGCGCGGGGUUUGUGGUUAGCUUUACCCGUGUUCUCCGUCGUCCUUCCACCCACCCCCCCAAUCCCCUCCCCCACAUUCCCAGGCCCAUCUGUGUUUUAAGACGAACUUGAGUCGAUUUCUCUUGGCACUGACAUGUUUUUGCUCCUACCCCGUUCCCAUUUAACUGUACUGGUCUGACGAAAAAAUCAAUAGAAAGCGAACGUAUGCUCGCGAACUGGCCUUUUGAAUGUUAUAAAUGCUUCGCCAAGUAGAGGUUUGUGUUGGUGAACAACUUUUGUGAUACGGACUAUGGGGAAGCUUGCAUAUUAAGAACGACUGUCGCCAGAAAACUGGACCAACCAUUAGGUUUAUUAUCCGCUGCUCCGCUGUCAAGGUCGGGUUGACGCUGGACAAGGCCAACUUCAUCGAUGUAGAAGACGGAUAACUGCAUAAGUGGAAGUUGUUGUGGGCGGUAUUUCAACUAAUCAAAAACUUGUUUCUUUGGUAGAGGGCGCUUACCGAUCGUUCUUACGGAACUCACUCUUUCCGUUGUACCUUGCGGGCUCUCUCUCGAGCCCAACCAGCAGCCGCACAGCGACGCAUGCUAUAGACAGUAUGUUAUUACCGACAAAGACAAGGGGGACUGGAAUGGCCAUUUCUGGCUUAUUAGCCGUCGUCAGCCAGUCAUAGCCAACCCCGAAGUGUCGAGCACCCGAGGCUCGAACUCGCCACCUGUAAGUUAGAAGUCCACGCCUCUAACCACUGGGCCAUGAGCCCGUUGUCCUGUCAGUUUCGAUCGGCCAUAUUACAAUGGUAGGGGACGCUCACCCAUCGUUCCUACGGUGUUCCACCCUUCGGGGUUAGGUAUGACUGGCUGACUACGGCUAAUAAGCCAGAAAUGGCCAUUCCAGUCUCCAGUGUCUUUGUCGGUAAUAACAUACUGCCUAUAAGUUUCUUUACGCAGACUAAAGACAGCGUGCAAACUCACCUAGACAGAAAACAUACUGGGACCAGAGAUGAGAAGAAGUCUCACCGGUGUAACCACUGUUCGUAUUCAUUCAUCUGGAUAAAAGUUUCGUUUGAAAGUAAAACAAUUUAGAAAACUUCCCAAUCAGAACCACGGGAGAGAAUCAUCCCUAAAGAAACUGUUUUUAUUUCCUCUCGCAUCCAGUUGCUCAUCUCGCAUGCGUUAACUCAAAUCGCGGCCCCGUACGGAGUCUGGACGUUGUUUACACUCCACAACAACACUCUGCGCAUAUCAUUGGCACUUCCUUUGCGUCAAGAGAUGAAGAAGGCGAGGGUAGUCUGGAAGAGGUGGAGUUCUUUCAGCUCGGUCUCAGGCUUUCUGCCGUUGGCUCUGUUCGUCGCACCGCACAAUCAACUGUCAGUGUUGUGUAGGUUUUCAGGUCCUUUAAUUUGCCUUAUAUUCAGCUGUUCUGAGGGCAGUUGUGUCAGGAUUAUUAACAGUCAUACUUUUAUGAAUUCAGAUAAUUUCUUUCUGAAAAAGCAACAAGAAAUUAACUUUCGUCAGACGUGACAAUAGGAUGCUCUGUUAUCUUCGUCAAACCUGUUGGCGGGUUCUUAAGCUCGUGAAAUUGCCGUAAAGUGACGAAGAUGUUAUGUUUUAUAACAGCUUCAUGAAAGACCACCCGCUCAAUGAGCGCAAUAAAACACUUUUAGGGGCUGUUAUUUGAGAAGCCAUUUCUGUGCAGAUGGAUUGUUUUCUUCGCCAUCUGGAACACAUCAAAGAGCAGGGCUAGAAUUCCCAUUAUUAAGAUCAUAAAUCAGAGAUUUUAACACGUAACUGAUGGUACCGCAGCUGGCUUAAUCGGAUAGUUAAGUAGGUCAAAGGUUCAGUGUAGAUCCUAAUCACAGAUUAUUGGCCCUUUUAUCUUGCUGUGAAUGCCAUUGGGUAAAAAUUUUUAAAAGCGUUAUCUGUUCCUAUUUGGAGGGAGCCGAGGACUUAAAACAACAUAAUUAAGACAUUGCACUGAAUAACGCUAAACAAGCAAUAAUGAUGAGCAUAGUCACGAGGAAAUAAAUUUACGGAAUGAAAGUAGGAAACUAGAGUGGCCAGUUCCCCCGUUGCAGGCGAUCUGCAUCGCGUGGCCCGCGAAGUUUGUUUAUCCGUGAGCUGUACGUGAAGAAGUUUAAAGUGAGGCCGACUUUCACUGCAUCCACCGCACUCUCACCUCCCCCCCCCCUCAGUAAACUUGCACCGAUUUUAAGACAAUGUCGGAAAGACCCGCUGGAAUAACAGCGGGUCUAAUCGGAUAGUUAGGGCGGAGGUUUAAUGUAAAUUCUAACCACAGAUUAUUGGCCGUUUCAUUUUGCUGAAAACACUUUUGGAUAAGGGUUUCUGAAAGAGUUUUCUGUCUCUAUUAAGGGGGACGAGAAAUUGAAACUAUCUCAUCACGCCAUAACCCUGAGUAAAGCCAAAAGAUAAUGAAGGCAAACGUAGUUGAGAAAAGAAGUGUACGGAAUAAAAUUAAAAAUCUGAUAGUCAGUUUGGAAAUACUGAUCGGCAUGAUGCGACGACGUGUACCGCUCGACCCCCGGGUGGGUUUAUUCGCCAAUUGCGCGUGAAGUUGUUGAUAGUGAGACUGUCUUUCACUGCGUCCAGCACACAUACACACAGUGGUCGACAAAACUGAACGACCCGUCUACGCGUACCACGAGCAUGCAUGCAUCAAAAUGACGUUAAAAGUCAAAAGAAAAUCACCACCAAGGCGAAGAAAUAUUCGAAGGACGAAGAACUGAGGUACAAACACUUUAGGAGAAUUGAAGGCAACCCACACGAGGAAAAAUCAAUUAAAUAUUUCCAAAAGGCAUGUUGGGCUCACAAUACGUUUAUUGAAAUGCCGUUGUGUUUUCUUUUCUAAAAGACCCUGCUUUUUCAGAAUAUGGAUUUCCAGAGUUGGAGUUUACCAGGUCAGCCUCACGAUGACUAAGCCAGCUUAUAUUUUUACGCUUCACGCCGGAAAAUAACCAUUAUAUAAGACCAAAUUCUCUGAUCCAAGCACGAUUUAAAAUUUUCAUUCAGUAGGCAUUAUAAGAAAAAAAUAAACAUUUGGACAUUUUUGCAGAUCUGCAGGACUGGUUGGUGAGAAAACGACCCUAGUUAGUUUCGCCCCGACAGGGACUGGAUGCCGCCCAUUUUAUGCAAGAGCACAGGAAGCAAAAUUGGACGGCCUACAUGCAUCAUGAAAUGUCAACUGAAAUUUCGAAAUGUGCUUUGGCUUCGAGAAUAUUGAUUAAAUAGGGUUGUAAAACUAAUCAGCAUGCAGCAAUACCCUAUACCAGUUCAGUUACCUCAUGAUGUCGGCUUUUGAACAAACAUCUUUCCGGCUGCAUGCAAAAGCCAUAUUCUUUAAAAAAAUAACUGCUAGUAGAGCAUGCAUUUUUCUGCUUGAUUGUCAAUGCCCUUAAAAAUUCAAUUAUAUUUCAUGGAAAGCAUGUGUGAAAAUAUUCAUCCUUUUUGAAACGGAAACGCAUUUAGGAAUUUCGGUUGACGUUUCAUGAGUUAGCCCACUUACUGUAGACAUGUCGUAAACAACCAUUAAAACACUGAUACAAGCGAAGAUGCAAGUUCCAGGAACUAGUUAACAAGAAGAAGAAGCGAUCGCUGGAACAAAGGCUUUGAACUUUAGCAUCUGAUCCCGUUCGAUGACGACGAAUGUAUCAUCGCGAGAGGGGAUAAUCGCGUGAGCCGCGAGUUGCUUGGGUCAUGGUUCACGGGACCUCAGUCUAUCAACAAGUGCAAUGACAUCCCCACCCUAUAUUCCGUGCUGAGAUAUAGUCUGGCCAAAGUAAUUAACCACUCGGGAGCGCGCAGGCCGCUGAGCCAGCAGCCAACACGAGUGAUGAGAUUUCAGCAGUUAACAACAUGCAUUGCGGCGAUCAAGCAGUUAGCGCACCAGCGAGUAACAGUGCUUGAUGAAGGGGAGAUCGGUUAAUAGGUAUGCAGUGGCAUAGCUACUGCAUCCUUUAAUUACUGUAAUUUCCUGCACAUGAAUCACCCGUAUCCGUUACCCUCUCUGAUGCUAGGUUCGGACGAGAAUCCGAAACGUCAGGAUAAUAAAGCCCUUGUUCCAGCGGUCGCUUACUAUUAGCCAACUAUGUUGGAAGCCCCCUCUCGGUUGCUCCAUUAAUACAUGCUAUAUCAUUGACCUGUAGGCCCAUUUUCUGCCUACAGGGCCUGGAAACUUUGGAGCUAAAAGCUUGGCUUCUGUUGGCAAUGCUUCUGUGUUAUGUUCGAUUGAAAACACGAAAUAAGUUAGGAAUGGCGGAUUGUCUAGUUUUGUCGACACAAUCUCUUGAUGAUAGAUUUCUACUCUCUACGCCAUUGUCCGCAAGCUUCCCUGCUCAGCAACUCCGUUUUAGAGGAGGGGGGAGAUCGUCAGUCAUGGCACACCACUGAGGACCAAGUAUGUUUUUACUUUGCAUUUCCCAGACCUCAUCCGCCAGGGCGUGAGUUCGUCGGCCAAUUGGUAGAGCUUGCGCCAAAUUAGUAACCGAACUUGGAGUUGGACUUCGGGCCCCCCUGCGCAGCGUUGGGGCGGGAAAACAAACUACAGAAACAGGAGCUCAAGCCCUCCGUACUUUACAUCUCGUCCUACGUCGAUUUUUGUCGCAAAUGUGAUUUCCUGUGUGCUUUUUUAUCUCUUUUGUACGGUAUUUCCUGAAAAUCAGCGUCCAGUCGGUGCUGUUUUACUUUACUUGGCUUAUUCAAGUGCUGCACAACAAAACUAACAAGCGCUGAUUCGGUUCCCUAUGAUCAAAAUUAUCUAGUCCACGUGCAUUAUUUUGUAAGAUUGCAAUUUUCAAAGGAUCUGCGACAGUCCACAUUUUGCUUUAAAGGCCAUUUGUGGAUACAAUUACUCCUUCUUCUGAACGACAAUACCCCUGAAUAUGCUGUAAUUUCCACCAGAAUACUUCCUUCUGGCAUCAUGAUUGACAGCGGUGCGCAUUAUUGUAUAAAUAUUAUCGUAUCCUAACGCAGACCCAAAUUCUUGCCUUAACCUAGACCUUAACACUAAUCCCGAUCCCGUGGAAAUUAGCGAAAGACGCGGGGAUAGGUGGGGGCUGUAAAAACUUCUAUCCUGUGGUUAUCUUCUUCCCGCUUAGUAUGACAAGGCGGGAAUUACAAGUUUUGCGGUUGACGAAUAACAUUUUCUUUAUUUUUCUCCCAUUCAGCCCAAAACAUACGUCAUUUGUACCCACUGCCUUCCAUCGACUGACGUCCGGAGCACGUAGCAGUCUGGUAAGAAAAAAUCCUCGAAUAGCCUUCUUUUCGAGUGUGCUAAAAUGUCUCUUUUACCAAAGUUUAUGAGAAUAUGGACCCUCUGUAUAACAGGUGGUUGUGCCCUAAAUUUCAGAGGAGUUAGGUCAAGGGUUGGAGGGCUCUCUGGAAUUUAGCGCGAGGCCCCCUUCAGUACGAGGGGAGGUCCAUAUUACCGUGCCCCACUCAGCUUUGAACCGUCCAGUAGUCUUUGUCGUUAGUCACAUCUGAAUUUCAUUCUUCUGUGGAUCCCACUGGCAACUUCAUGCAACCAAUGUUCUCUGCUGAGCGCUUGAGGAGAUCGGCUUACAAACUCAACUACUUGGCUGUACCUUCAGUAACUCGAAUAGGUGUGAUUUGGAUGUAGUGAAAACGUAGACACGUUCGUGACUUGUCUUCUGAAUUAUCUUUUGAGAAUCCUUCCACAGUUGCGCUGAACAAUUGCAUUAUUUUAUAGAUUUUUGCACAGCUACGGUGUACUCAUGACCCCUCUUCUCCCACCCUUAGAAUAUUCUGUCUGUGAUAAUUUAAUUUCACAUUCGUUUUGAAUAGUUCCACUUGACUAAAUAUUUGCAUUUCCUCUAGGUGUUGGCUCUAUUUGGAAAGGAUGGACAAUUAUCGAUUGCUCAACUGGGUCCAUCCCCCACCCCCAAUGACAGUAGCCCUUGUCCGACCUCCUGUGUGCUUAGUGAGCUAGCAAGUGGUCAAUUUCGACCCGUCAGUUUGAAUUCCGAGUUUACCUGGCCUCCCAAAGAGUGCAUUCUCGUGCCAAAGGCUCGUGACAGUGAGUCGUUUGUGGAGGACGAUGAACAGCCCAUCAGCCGUCUCUGGAUUCAUGGUAAAUUGGCUGAAGCUGUUUUGCGAUAUAAAUCUCUAUGUGUGACGGUGCCACAUUAUGUCUGGACGUUGUCAAAGCCACAGCGGGCUGCGCUGUAUAUGUGUUGAACCAAAAAGGGGCCCAAAUCGACUCGCGGCACGCGUCUAUCGGGCCGCGCGUAGUCCGUUCGAGACCACAGUUACUGACGUAUAUGACGACAACAGUUCGACCAUAGGUCUGGAAGACGCCCACCGUGUGCUCUACAACAGAGAACAGGGACAGUGGCUUGCGCGCGAGCUGGUUUAAAGGGAUGGUUCCAGACUGACUCGCGGAACGCGUUUAUCGGACUGCGCAGGGCAUGUGUGAGGCCAUAGCUAUUGCCGUACAUGAGGACGACAGUCCGACCAUCGAUUUGGAUGACGUGUAAACAGGGCGAAGGUAGGGACGAUAAUUUGCGCUUGGGCUAGUUUAAAGGAAUGGUGGACUUACACAGCCUCUAUCGCACUUUCUCCCCCACCUCACCAAGAUCCGGUACAAUGACGAAUUAGAGAAGACCGAACGUGGGAAAGGGUGCAGGUGGCUAGGACGGUGUAAAUCCGCACCUAGGCGUCUCACCACACCCCCUCGUCCACAACAAACACCUAAGCAAAUUUUCAACAAAAAACAAAAAUGGAAGACAACGAAGAUCUCCAUUGGCGCGGCGUGAAUCUGCACCUGACCCGCCACCGCACCCCGAACGCUGGCAGUUGUUAUGGGUGCGCAUUUCCGAUUACGCCUGCCAGAAUCCCAUAUGGCUCCGGUGUUGAUUCAGCGCAUUUACAACGUGAGGCGUUUUAGACGCACAAAACCGUACACACCGACUUCUGUAGGCAGAAAAGAAAAUUCCCAUCUUUCCUAAUAAUGAGUACCUACUGGACGUUAGACACACAGCUGACUCAAAAUUCACCGUUCAAACGCCCAUCAUUGGACCAGUAGGUCUGAAACAGUGCCAUUCAGAGGCGGCUUAUGUAGGAAUGGCCAGACUGGAAUUGGGCAAAACACUAGAUCACCUAGUAAACCAGGACUUGGCAUGACAAUUUCAAUUUCACAAAGGUGCUCAGACCAACACUUUUCUUGGCCAAUUUUGCCUUUCUCUACUUUAUCUUCCCCUCUCUAAUAAACGACGUUGUAAGCUCUGGUUUUGUAUGUUUUUAUAUCAGCAAUCUGGAUGAAUUCCGAUUGCCCUGUAGUUUUCAUUCGUUAGUCGUUUUAUGCAACAUUAGGAAGCACUCAAAUAGUCGUUGCGAAUUUUAGCAGUGUAUAUCAAUCCUGUUUAUCGUAAGACCGAUAUUUUCUUAAAAUAAACGUAGGGAUCAGAAUAUUUUACAAACCUGCUUUAUGGAACAAAUUUCCCGCACCUGUUCAUUUAUUAUAAGUGGAAAGUAGAGUCGCGAUUUAAGCUUCCCUUCUACCACCAUGUUAACAGUAUACAUAAUGAGCUGAUUUGCUAAUAAACUUUCCCCUCUCUCUCUCUUAAAGGUGUUGAGGAGGACGAUGGUGCUCCUGAAGGAACACAGUGCUCAGACCUGUAUUUUGCUGACAUAAGGUUCAUUAUUAAACCUUUAACUUUGUUUCUGCGUUCCCUAUAUCUGUUUUAGAUCUCAUUUCAUUUAUUCGAAUUGGAAAUCGAGAUAUGGUGUAAAUGUACUCGUUGUGGAUGACUUAGUUUUGGCCCUUAGCACUCGUUCAUUCGUCUUGCACAUGUUUAAUUACAAAAACUUUGUUCGGCGGACUGCCCGCUCUAACAGAAGUGGGCUGGGGCAAACGCGAGGCUCUCAAUCACAUCAAUGUCCCGUCCAUGCACCUCAAGGGCUUUUUUGUAUUUUAUGCUGAGUAAUUUGUGUUCUUGGUCAACCUCUGGAGUCGUGGGGAAGUAUUUUGUGAUUUCUCGAUUCCAGACGAUAAACUGACUUCCGCUCUAACCCGGUAUAUUUUCUCGAUGUUAUCAACUACGGACAACUGCGAACGUAAGCCUGCCUUAUUUGUCCUUGACAUGGAUUCGUCCAAUAGCAUGCAAGGUAGGCGCUUAAUGGGCGUUGUGCAGAGAGAGAGAGGGGGGGGGAGAGAGGGAGAGACAGUGAGUGGCUGUUCUAAGGAAAAAUGAGAUGCAAUUUUUUAUUCGUCAGUAAGACCACUUCGGCGUUACUCUAUGUGGACAAGCACUAUCCGGAUAAAAACAAAAAUCAGAAUUGUUUGCAUUUCAAGAGCUUUGGUAGACGAGCACAGUAUUCUGCGUAUUAUGCGCUCUCAGGGUUGUAUUACGAGUUUAAACCCGGUGGUCGAACGUUCUCUCUGUUUUUCGAUUGUUAGGUCAGCAGUCUGAAUCCACUUACGACAAUUUAAACAUACUUACCAGGAAGUUUAUAGGUACGUCUCAAUCAACCUAUGAGCCACCCUCUUCCUAAAGCUCUAAGUUGACGUGACUCACUUCUAUGGUCGCCUCCCUUCGAAAAACGUCUGGCUAGCCGUGCCUCUAUCUUGACAACAUAAUGUUCACCAUGUGAAUCACCAAUUUCUAGGUCACUUGCCCAUGAGGAUACACUGUGGACAAGUAAGAAAACUACCUUUAAUUUAAGUGAGGCUGAAAGAUUUUAUAUUUCGGUAGAACGUACGAGAAAACGACAAAACGCAAGUCUGAAAGUCUAAGUAUUUACGUAACAGUUCAGUCGACCAAACCUGGCGUUAACCUUACUUGUCUAGUUACAACAACCCAGAACGUAGACAGUAGAGAUAAACCCUUCGUUUUCCUCAAGGAGAUCGAGUAGUGCAUCACAAACCUCUUCAUGGGAGUCAUUUCUAAGAUUCCAUUCCCCUUUUAGCUUGAAGUUCGAGGAAAGCGAUAUGGUGAAGACAAGUGCAGCGGAAGAUUCUCGGACUCCAGUUUCGUCUAUUCAUUCCCUAGCCAACCGUUUACUUCGAGGCACCCUGUAAGCGAACGUAUAAUUAGCAUCCUCUAUUUCUCCAGUUAUCUCGGGACACCACUGAACUCUCUCAUCAUAUGGGCACUUGCGAAAGUUGUCUUUUGCCUACUGUUGUUACCUUGUGAGUUCCCCAGCGAACUCCGCACUGGACUUUUAUAUACUUUCUCGAAGACUUGGGAUCUUCUUUGACUGAAGUGCCUAUAUGGGCUUUGUUAAUUACUGUCAGUGAUGCAUUUAUAGAAGGGACGACAAAUAUGGCAAUACUUGUGUGCACUCAUGGUUAUUCGAGCCACGCUGACAAUUAUACAGAAUCCUUCACAAUGUAUUCGAAGUGAGCAUUUGAAAUUUCUUCCUGUGUUCAAUUCAGAGAAAGCGAAAUUCAGGGGGGGGGGUGAAAACCCAUGGAAGACUGCAAGGAGCAGCAGAAAGGGGCGGCUUUGUGCUUUAGGAAAAAUAAACUGUUUGCUUGACCAAAUGAGUGCCAUUGUUCAUUUGAUGAAUGCAUCCUGUACCUUAGCAAAACAUGCGUUCUCCCCCUCUUGCUUGCCAAUUUUUUAGCUCUGCGGAGCUGACGGAAAAUUUCCCUUAUGAUUAUCAUAGAAACAAUAUGACGUAGACGAAUAUGUCGAUUGUCUUCUGAAGUUCUUGACUAAUAUUAGCGUUUAAUUUCUGAGUCUGUAUGAGGCUGGGUGUCCGGCUUCCUUCUAUUCUAUCUGAUGUAGAAGUACACUGACUUUCCCCUUGGGCUCCGUUAACCAAACAAUAUUAUUCAUUAACGAAUUUUUAGUGUCGCUCAGUGCGACAAUUCCUUCCUCAAGGCAAUUAUGUUUCUGAAACUUACGAAAAGUGAUAAAGAGGAUCGGAGUUUCGUUGCUCGUGUGUAAUCAGCAAACGUGUUCUUUAUCCCCGAUGGCAUCUCUGAAAUGUUUGAUCGUUCAAAUUCUCGUUUUUCACAGACUCGAAAUUGAAUUAAACGCUUAACUGACUUACUAUUUCAUGGCUAAUACGUUAAGUUCUAAAAGUUUUGAGGUAGGACUAUGUAUGCCAGUUGCAUUAUUUGCUGAUUUGAGCGUUGCGAAUUUGCGAAGAUAGUUUAAACCGUGAUAAUCAUAAUCUUAUUACCCGGAUUUGUACUUGGCUAACCGCCGUUUAUUACGUUAGUAAUUUCUGAUCGAACUUUUCAAAUACGUAUUUGUUUUCUAUCCGUGCCAUGUCUCUUGAGGCGUUUCUAUACUCUUUCAGGAUUAACGAAUAA